ACGUGGGGAAAAUUAUCUAUUUACAGUAUAUAUUUACCCGGAUGACUUAAUUAAAUUCAGUUGUACACAGGAACGUCGAGAAGACAUUUACCAGACAAAAUGAGUGAUCGCAAGAAUGGAUGAAGAAUUUGAAGAUUGAUUUUCUUUUGAAUAAAAAAAUAUGCUAUUAUGGAGUGACAUUAUAAAGUUCUACAGGUAUGUUUCAUGAAGUCAUUUAUUGGACAAAAUGAGCUUUCGCAAUUCAUCAAUUGAAGUGUUUGAGGAUGAAGAAUUUGAAGAUGGAUUUUCUCUCGAAUUGAAAUAUGUUAUUGGAGUGACAUUAUUGUUCCUUGUAAUUGUCACAGUUUUAGGAAAUGUUUUGACAAUCGUAUCUUUCCUCAGAGAUAGGCAAUUACGUACAGUACAAAAUAUUUACAUUUUUAAUCUAUCGAUAGUUGACUUAGCAGUGGGAGUGGUGAGUCUACCUUUUUAUGUAUUCUACACAAUCAACAAUUAUACAUGGACUUUUGGACGUUUAUGGUGCAAAAUAUGGCUGGUAAUUGACUUUUUGGUUUGUGCUGAAUCCUCGCUGACAAUCGUUCUGAUCAGCUUUGAUCGUUUCAUGCUUAUUUCCCAGGGGGCGUCAUACACAGCAAAACAAACAGUAAGAAAAGCUGUGGUCUAUAUCAUCUGUUCCUGGAUUUUGUCAUUUUUGUUAUAUGGACCGGCUAUUAUUUUUUGGGAAUAUUGGAUCGGGCGAAGAACAACGGCUGAAGAUGACUGUGAUGUUGAGUUCUUUAACAACAUGGAGUAUACUCUGACUACUGCCAUCCUCGAGUUCUUUAUCCCGCUGGUUCUGACUGCAUAUUUGAAUCUCCGCGUUUAUCUGAACAUCAGGGAUCGUAGCAGAAAAGUCGCUUCAGCUGGUAUAUCCUCGUACCAAACACAAAGUGAGGGACUAAAAAUUGAAAGAUCGAAAGAUAAAGAAACUGGAUCAGCUCAAACAGGAAGUGGACACAAACAGGCUAUAAGUCAAGGAGAAGGACAAAAUGACAAACCACAUGGUCUAAGGCCACAUAAUCAAGACAUCGGCCAGGAAGAAAGUCAACACGACCAACCUCAGGAACUGAGGGAAUGUCAAUGUGACCCAGCUCAAUGUCAACAUGUCCAGGUGCAAAGUCAAAAUGUAGGCCAAGACCAAGACACAGCUGAAGGACAAAUACAGGAUCAACUUGACAUCAACAUAAGUCAGAGAGAAGGUCAACUUCACCAAGAUGAGAUAGAAGGUCAACGUCCCCAAGUUUCAAGUCAACAUGACCAAUGUCAAGGCCAGAGAGUGGAACAAGAUGACCUUAGUAUGGGUCAGAGAGAAGAUCAAAAUAACUUGGACCAAACAGAUCAACACUGCAAAGGACAGAAUAGUGGCGUUCAGAGAACAUAUCAUUAUGCCACAACCAGUGACAAUGCUCCUACUAGUUCUCGUACUAUGAGCCUGCCACAAGGUGCGAUUAUCAGAAAUCAAAACAAGGCGAACCAAAUUGUUCUCCGCCGAGACAGAAGGGCUGCUAGAUCUUUAAGUAUCCUUGUUGUCGUAUAUUUCAUGUGCUGGUGCCCAUAUACCAUUAUGACAUUCAUUGAGUCAGUCACGCCGGACACUGUUGAUAAAGACUUAUAUGAGGCGGCAAACUUUUUAUUAUGGGUCAACAGUGCAUGCAACCCAUUUUUAUAUGCUCUCAUGAGUGCUCGGUUUCGUAAGAAUUUUAAACAGUUGUUGUGUCCUUGUAAACGAUAACUUUAUGGCAGUUUGACCAUAUUAUUUAAGUACAUGUACAAGUACAAGUGAAUCCUUACAGUGAAAUACAGGGCGACACAAAAUAUGCACCCUUUAGUUUUGGAAUCACUUUUUCAAACAUGAUGUAGCUACAGUUGUGUAGCUACAUUGCAUCUAAGAUUGAAAUCAUGUUUACCAUCUAGGUAUGCUCUAACGUGAAAUCGACCAAAAAUACAAUUUUUUUUCAAAUAUGAUGAAGUUCAAACUGACUUAUUAGGUAAUUUUAAGAAAUUGUUUUUGGACAAUUACAUGCAAGAGCAUCCUGGAUGGAAAACAUGAUUUCUCUAAAUCUCAAAAUAAUAGAUGCAAAAUAAGUACUGUACACCAUUGUUUCCUCUAUGGAACAUUCAAUCUAACUUAAAUAAAAUCACAAAGAUUACAUCAUAUUUGAGAAAUUAUUCCAAAAUUAGAGAGUAACAUUUUGUGUCACCCUGUACUACUACUUUUAGUUAGAAAUAUACUGAAGAUAAAACUGAA